CUCUUCAUAAGCACAGCAGCUUUAUGUCAACUAACCAUCACAAAGCACAACUGCAGCUCUGAAGAACUGAAUGAGGCUCCUCACAAAACACAUGGAUUAUUGCCGCUGAUUCAAGAGAAGAGAGCAUGGAGACCGUCUCAGGGGAGCUCAAUAAACCCCACUCAGAUGCCCGGUCCGGUCAGGGUGCGGGACAUGUCUCUGGCUAAAGCUGAGAUUGGAGUUCUGGGCCUGGUUCUCGCUCUCACAACACUAGGGAACAGUUUUGUACUGUGGGUUCUGUUGAGGCGGCGCAAAUACAACGCACCCAUGCACCUAUUUAUGGUCAAUCUGUGUGUUGCAGACCUUGUGGUAGCGUUUUUUCAGGUGCUCCCGCAGCUAGUAUGGGAUAUCACAGAGAGAUUUCAAGGUCCUGAUGUGCUGUGCCGCUCAGUGAAAUAUCUGCAGAUUGUGGGAAUGUUUGCAUCCUCUUACAUGAUUGUUGCUAUGACAGUGGACCGCCAUAAUGCCAUCUGCUGCCCCCUGCAGGCUUACAAAGGAGGGGCAGUUUCACGCUGGAAUACACCCAUCAUGGUAGCCUGGGGUCUAGCCCUUGUUCUCAGUGUGCCACAGAUCACCCGUAAAUGA